AUGUAUAAUAACACUGGUUUAGAUGCUUACGUUAAAUUAACUGAUGAUAAUGGCUAUACUGUUUAUAACGCAUUAACGGCCUUUUCAAGUUAUAGAGUACCUAAUAUAACUAUCAGUCAAAAACUUGAAAUAAUUAAUGACCUUCGCCUUAAUAAAGAUGUAAGAUAUAAAGGAUGUUAUAAGGAAAGUCCUUAUUGUAAUCAAGGAUAUUUAAAUGGUGGUCUUUCAGAAGGUCAAAUAGCUGGUAUUGUUGGUGUUGUUGAUUUUGCUUUAAUUUCAGCAUUAAUAGUUUUGUAUGUAAAAUGGAAAUUUUCAUCUCAAAGCUCAGAUACUAAUUUAGAUAACGAUAUAAAUGGCCCAGAAACUAAUUCAGUUAACGAUACAAAUGGCCAAGAUACUAAUUCAGAUAACGAUACAAAUGGCCCAGUUAUUAAUUCAGAUAAUGAUACAAAUGGCUCAGAUAUUAACGAUGCAAAUGGCCCAGAUACUAAUUCAGAUAACGAUACAAAUGGCCCAGUUAUUAAUUCAGAGAAUGAUACAAAUUGCUCAGAUAUUAACGAUACAAAUGCCCAAGAUGAUAACGAUACAAAUUGCUCUAAAACACCACCAUGA